UUGCGGCUGACAAGCGAAACUACGCUUCCCAGAAGCCUCUGCGGCUCCGUGACCGGAAGCGGCGGGCAAGCCGAGUGUCCUUGCGCGCGGAACCGAGUGACUAUGGUGUCCCGAGUGUGGUCGCUGAUGAGGUUUCUCAUCAAGGGCACUGUGGCUGGGGGCGUGGUCUACCUGGUGUAUGACCAGCAGCUGCUGGGGCCCAGCGACAAGAGCCAUGCGGCCCUUCAGAAGGCUGAGGAAGUGGUACCGCCAGCCAUGUACCAGUUCAGCCAGUACGUGUGCGAGCAGACAGGCCUGAAGAUACCCCAGCUCCCAGCCCCUCCAAAGUUUAACUUUAACAUCCGUGAGUCCUGGAAUUCAGGCAUCAUUACAGUGAUGUCUGCCCUGUCGGUGGCCCCAUCCAAGGCUUGCGAAUACACCAAGGAGGGCUGGGAAUACCUGAAGGAGCGAAUCAAGUAGCCUGUCAGAGGAGCCCGCCUGUCCCUCAGAAACAGGGGCAGGGGUGCCGUGGACCUCAAGCCUCCAGACUGGGACCCCACUCUGAGGGCAGCUCCUAACCUUGCCGCCCAAUAAAGGACUUCGGAAGUGUUCCCUGA